GAAGCAGUAAUCGGACAACUCUCUUUCUCAAUAGGACCGAGUCUCCUGAGAUACCGCGUGGGGCUCAAUGGGUUCCAACACCUAAAAUGAAAAAGAAAAAAGUAGUUUUAUAGUUUACAUUUAUUGUGCUACAGGUUCUACCAACAGCUGAGAACUGUUUUAGAAAGUUUGCUUUCCGUUCUGCUGGACUGAACGAUCUUUCUCAAGAAGAUUUUUUUAAUGAAGAUAUAAGAAGGGAUAAACACACUGGGAUUCAACCAUAAUUCUAGUCUAUGGAAAUGCAGGAUCUAGCCAGUCCGCACAGCCGAGUAAGUGGAAGCAGUGAAUCUCCUAAUGGUCCCAACCUCGACAACUCACACAUCAGUAACAAUUCCAUGACACCCAAUGGCACUGAAGGUGAUAACAUCACAAUGCUUACCACUGCAGACUGGUUGUUAGGUUCAAACUCACAGUCCGCUGCAGUUAAAACAGAGCCAAUGAGCAGCAGCGAAAUCAUCACCUCAGUAGCAGACACCUCUCUAGACAGCUUCUCAGGAUCAGCUAUUGGAACCAGUGGCUUCAGCCCAAGACAAACGCACCAGUUCUCUCCACAGAUUUACCCUUCCAACAGAACAUAUCCGCAUAUUCUUCCUACCCCUUCAUCCCAAAAUAUGGCUGCGUAUGGACAGGCGCAGUACACCACAGGAAUGCAGCAGGCCGCAGCUUAUGCUAGCUACCCCCAGCCUGGGCAGCCCUAUGGCAUACCAGCUUAUGGCAUAAAGACGGAGGGGGGUCUGAGCCAGUCCCAAUCCCCGGGACAGACGGGCUUCCUAAGCUACAGCUCUGGCUUCACAACACCACAGACAGGACAGGCCCCCUACAGCUACCAGAUGCAGGGCGGGACUUUCACAACAACAUCAGGACUGUACACAGGAAAUAACUCCCUGACAAACUCAACUGGCUUCAACAGCACGCAACAGGACUACCCAAGUUAUCCAGCCUUCGGCCAGGGCCAGUAUGCUCAGUAUUACAACAGCUCGCCCUACACUUCACCUUACAUGACGAGUAACAACACCAGCCCCAGCACGCCUUCAACCACCACUACCUACACCCUCCAGGAACCACCCGCUGGCAUUACCAGCCAAGCCCUCACAGAGAACCCUGCAGGAGAGUACAGUACCAUCCACAGUCCAUCAACCCCCAUUAAAGAUUCAGAUUCAGAUCGAUUGCGCCGAGCCUCAGAUGGAAAGUCACGUGGCCGUGGAAGAAGGAACAACAACCCAUCACCGCCGCCCGACUCUGACCUUGAGCGAGUUUUCAUCUGGGACCUAGAUGAAACAAUCAUCAUUUUCCAUUCCUUGCUUACGGGUUCUUAUGCCAACAGAUACGGACGGGACCCGCCAACAUCUGUGUCAUUAGGCCUUAGGAUGGAAGAAAUGAUCUUCAACUUGGCCGACACGCACUUGUUCUUUAACGACUUAGAGGAAUGUGAUCAGGUGCACAUCGACGACGUGUCCUCUGACGACAACGGCCAGGAUCUAAGUACGUAUAACUUCAGCGCUGAUGGUUUUCAUGCAGCAGCCACCAGUGCCAACCUAUGUCUGGCCACAGGCGUGCGGGGAGGCGUGGACUGGAUGAGAAAACUGGCCUUCCGCUACAGACGAGUAAAAGAAAUUUACACCACCUACAAAAAUAACGUUGGAGGUCUGCUGGGCCCGGCCAAAAGGGAAGCCUGGUUGCAAUUGCGAGCAGAAAUUGAAGCCUUGACGGACUCCUGGUUAACACUGGCACUGAAAGCACUAACAUUAAUCCACUCAAGGUCAAACUGUGUGAAUAUCUUGGUGACCACCACGCAGCUCAUCCCUGCCCUGGCUAAGGUCCUGCUCUACGGCUUGGGAAUUGUGUUUCCUAUCGAGAAUAUUUAUAGUGCAACCAAAAUAGGGAAGGAGAGCUGCUUUGAGAGAGUAAUUCAACGGUUCGGGAGGAAAGUUGUUUACAUUGUUGUUGGAGAUGGGGUAGAAGAGGAGCAAGGCUCAAAAAAGCACAACAUGCCCUUCUGGAGGAUCUCCAGCCAUUCAGACCUCAUGGCCCUCCACCAUGCUCUAGACCUGGAGUACUUGUAGCACUACACCACCAACGUACCCCCCUGCUCCACUUCGGCACACCACACAACCUUUCACCUUCGCCCUCCAGCCCCAUCCCAAGCUUGCCACAGACCCCACAGCUCAGAAAAAAAAAAAAGCCCUGCUGUGCUGCCUGGCGUCUGUCUGUCACUACAUAGAAAGAAAAGAAGAGGAGAACGGAAAAAAGAAGACUGAGCACACGGUUAACAUGCUGACAUAUGGUCACACAUCGUCUUAACCCAAAACUUUUUCUUUCUUUCUUUUUUUCUGUGAAGCGAAGGGGAGAGAGAGCGAGGUGAAUUUAUGGCGCUGCAGCUGUUUGCCCUGGUUACUGUGAAUUGGCCGCUUUCUGAAGCUGUCAAAGUGUUUUACGGCCCCCCUGUUUGUGCCGGGACUCUGUCAGGGUUCACACCUGUGAGGAGAGCAGAGCUACUGAUGGCCUCGCCUGCCUCGCCUCACCUCGCCGCAGAACUCAGUUACAGUGAACCGCAGGCCCACAACUACUGGCGGUGAUAUUUCUGCAUCCCUCUGGCUCGUCCCACAUCUGCUCUUCACCUCCGCGUUAUUUCUAUUCCUCCUACCGGCUUUUUAAGCCUCCCCUUCACUGCGGGGCAGACAGACAAAGCAACUGCGCCUCUGUUAAGCGUCGGCCUGGGAGUUCUGCGCUUCUUAUUUAUGAACAGACACUUUGUGAGUGGCACCGCCACUGAGAAGGUACCUCCAUGAUAAAAGACUCGUGCCUUUUACAAAGUACUUUUGAUUUCCACCACAGCGAGAGGAAGACAUUUAUGGAAGAAACAAGAAAGGGGGUUUUCUAAUAAUUUAAGAAAAUUACAAUAAACUUUAUUUACAAUUCUGAGACAAUCAUGUACAGAGGAAAUCUUUUUUUUUUUUUCGUGUGUGUGUAAGUUUGUAAUCACUGGACUAUUCCUUCCUAUAUUCAUUUAGGUACAUGCUCUUGAAAGGUGGCAAUGCUUUUUUCAUUGAAGUUUAAAAAAAGA